GAAAGACAGAAACUAAGACUCGAGGAGAGAAACAAAGAAAAGCCAAGGAGACAAGACCAGAGUAGCCUGAACAGAAGCCAGGAACGGUCCGAAAGGGCCGUACUGCGGGAAUGGCCUUAUGGAUGCUCUGGGCUGGACAGGCUAAGGGGACCCUGGGUGGCUGGGGGAUCACCUGCUUGGUGAUAUCUCUGCUCCUCCAGCACCCAGGAGUCCACAGCAAGUGCUACUUCCAAGCUCAAGCGCCCUGCCACCAUGAAGGGAAAUAUUUCACCCUGGGCGAGUCUUGGCUCCGCAAGGACUGUUUCCACUGCACCUGCCUGCAUCCCGUCGGUGUGGGCUGCUGUGACACGUCCCAACAUCCUAUCGACUUCCCCGCUGGGUGUGAGGUACGUCGGGAGGCAGGAACGUGCCAGUUCUCCCUGGUGCAAAAAUCUGACCCCCGGCUGCCCUGCAAAGAGGGAGGGCCCAACCCAGAGUGGGGCUCAGCUAACACCCCUAUUCCUGCGGCUCCUGCUCCCCACUCCAGCUAA